AUGGCCGAUGCUGUUCUUCAAAGCCUCUCUGCAAGCAGCCUCUUCGAUUUACGUGGUGUUGUGGCCGUCGUCACUGGAGGGGGAACGGGUAUCGGUUUGAUGAUAACUUCGACUUUGAUCGCGAAUGGCGCUACAGUGUACAUCAUAGGACCAAAGCAGGAGGAUCUCGAAAAAGUUGCAAAGGUAUACAACGACGCUGCAGCAAAGCUUCCCGGACGAGGCAAAAUCCAUAGUAUUGAGGGUGACGUUCGAUUCAAGUCAGAGGCAACACGCCUCGCAGAGGAAAUAGGCAAGCGCGAACAGCAGGGCAUCACCGUAUUUUUCAACAAUGCCGGCAUCAAUGGAGGAAAAUUCACUAGACCUCAAGCCGCUACCGCAGAAGCGUUUGUGAAAUCCUACUUCGAUCCCAUAAAACAAGAGGACUUUGAUGUUACACUCAACACAAAUGCCGUUGGGCCGUAUUGGCUCACAUUUGCGUUCCUUCCGCUGCUCGAAAAGUGGAAAAAUAACGGCGAGCUUGCUAAAAAGUUCGUGCCUCAAAUUAUCAUGACAAGCAGCAUGAAUGGGUGGACGAAGGAUCCUGCUACCAGUGGAUUUUCCUUUCCUUAUCUAUUGUCUAAGUCUGCUAUCGGACAUGCUACAUCAACGCUUGCCCACGAGCUACUUCCUCUCGGCAUCCGUGUGAAUGGCAUAGCGCCUGGUUUCUUCAUCACUGAGAUGUCAGCCCCCGGCACAAUCGACGCUAUCGGUGAAUCGCACGGUGAAAAUUACCCACCGUCGUUUGAGACUCCCACUCUACCAAAUGGUACAAGGAGAGACAUGGGUUCUUUGGCAUUGAUGCUUAUCGCAAACUGGUUUAUCAAUGGGGAAACUGUGUUGAUUGACGGAGGGACUCUACUUAAACAUCCAUCGUCUUAUUGA